AUGAAGCUGCCGCCACAUCGACCGGGUGUGGAUCAUGAAGUCAACCUGCAGCCUGACAAGAACGGCAACGAGCCACCCCUUCCGUGGGGCCCACUCUACAACAUGUCACGAGAAGAGCUCUCAGCGGCUGCCGCGCCGGUGCUGUUCCGCGACCGAUACCCACUGCCCCUCAUCGCGGAGACCCUGCAGAAUCUGGCCAAGGCUAAGUGGUUCACCAAGUUGGACGUGGUGGCCGCUUUCCAUAAGAUCCGCAUGGCUCCGGGACAUGAGGGAAAGACUGCAUUUCGCACGAGGUUUGGGCUCUACGAGUGGCUCGUGUGCCCUUUCGGCCUGAGCGGCGCCCCGCGCGCCAUCCGCGAAUGGGAGGCCCCGACCACGGUGAAGGGUGUCAGAAGCUUUCUGGGCUUCGCCAACUAUUACCGGAUCUUCAUCCCCGACUAUGCCAAGAUCACGCAGUCUCUGGAUGCCCUGCUUAAGAAAGGAACUGCCUUUCAUUGGGGACGAGCGGAGAACGAGGCGUUUCAGGAGCUGAAGCGACGAUUUUGCGAGUCACCGGUGCUCAAGCAGUGGGACCCGAGCCUCCCGACCUUUUUGGAGACGGAUUGCUCAGGCUACGCAUUGGGAGGCGUCCUGUCGCAGGAAGGCCCAGAUGGACGUCGACACGCAUGCGCCUUCUUCUCGAAGCGACUUUCGCCAGCGGAGUACAACUAUCCCAUUCACGACAAGGAGAUGCUUGCCAUCAUGAGAUGUCUCGACAACUGGAACGCCGAACUUAGGAGCUGCGGCCCAUUUACAAUCCUUACCGAUCACCGCAACCUGGAGUAUUUCAUGACACGCCAGAAGCUCACGGAACGGCAGAGCCGUUGGGCAGCCGAAUUGUCCCAGUUCGACUUCAAGCUCGAGUAUCGACCGGGAAGCGAGGCUGUCGUGCCUGAUGCGUUGUCCCGCCGUGAACAAGACAAGCCACAGGGCAUUGACGACGAGCGGGAACAAGGAAGAAUGAUACAGUUGAUACCGGAUAGUGCCAUUCCAUCAUCGACAAGAGCAUGUAUCAACGCGAUGAGUUCUGACUGUUCAGAGGCAUCCACCCUGCCGAAGAUGAAGGUCUUCGAGGUAGCGGACCUGCAGCAACUCUGGGACGAAACGGUGGCGAAGGACUCGAUAUUCCGGGCAGCCUAUAAGGCAGUCCGCGAUCGCGAGCGUGCCUUCCCGCCCUCGCUGGGCCUGAAGAUCCAGAUUUCAGAAUGUGCGAUCGACGCAGGCAAAAGGCUGACAUUCAGAGACCGUAUUUGGGUGCCGGGUGGAUCCGGAGAGGAGGGUAACCAGGAGGAAGCUGAGAAAGACCAGUUGAGAACCCGCAUUGUGCAGCAGUCGCAUGACUCUGUUGCGACCGGUCAUCCCGGCAGGAAGGUACGCUGGCUAUUGUGGCUCGGCGAUUCUACUGGCCUGGGCAGUCCCAGCUGGUUCGCCGGUACGUAG